AUGGAUGUCAAUCAAUUAAUGUUCAUUUUCUGUAGUAUUGAUGCAAAGCUUUUGGCUGAAAUGUUUGUAGUUUAUAAUUUACUCACUUUAGAAGCAACUCCAUUGCGUGUACGAUUAACAGUACUAGAUAAAAGUAAAAAAUGCGCUAGGGUUGUGCUAAUUAUGUGUCGAGGGUUGAGGAACCGCGUGCAGUUUAGAUUUAAAUUUCGUAUUUAUAAUUGGUCAGCCAUAAAUAAAUCACAUCGGCUAGGGAAGAUC